GGUGGCCAAGACCUCGCCAGGCAAGAGAGGAAGAGAAAGGGAAAGGUCUAGUGGUAGUGGUGGGGGGAAAACCAAAAAGCGAAGGCGUCCACGUCCUCCUCCCUCCCGCAAUUUUCCUCUCCGUCGCUUGCCGCCUGGAAAUUGGAAUUGGAAUCUUCAAUCCCUCUCUUUUUCUUUUCCCUCGACCGCCUCCGUCUUUUCCCCACACUGGGGAAAGCGUGUUCCCACCCUCCGCCUUCUUCUUCUUCCUCUUCUACUUCUAUUGUAACAUCAGCCCUCCGUCUCCCUUCCCUCUCCCUGCUGAUAAAUUGCACUCUCUCUCUCAACUCUCUGUCGUUUGCUGUCGGAUACCGUCUUCAUUUGGUAUUCUCUGGAAUCGUAAACUUCCCGUUCCGUUUCUGUUGCUUCUCCGUCUGCAUUUGAGUUGCAGUUGGAGCUCUCAAUUGGAUUUCCCGUAAUUUCGUGUUCGCGAGCCUACCCCUGAUUUGCGUCGUUCCGGUCGGGUUCCCUUUGGUUUCGGUUUUCUAUCGGGUGUCGUCGUUUGUUUGAGUUUGGGCUAUCUGCAGUUUCAGUCGGGAUUUUCGUCCAAUUUCGGCUCUAUUGAACCGAUCCUGUUCUCAAGUAAGGCCGUCCGUGUCUUCUUUUAGCAUUUGCUGUUCUUUGUUGAGUUUGGGUUGUCCUUCCUCGGAAUCGAUGUAAUUCAAUUUUUCUUGACAUUGUCGGACCAUAUCCGAGGUUCCCGCGUGAAUUCUUCCGUUUCUUCGUAGUGCUGCUCGUUAGGUUUUUAUCCGGUCCGGUCAUUCUGGUUCUCGAUUUAGUUUUCUGACAUUGAUGACGUAGAUUGGAGUUCGGGAAACCGAAGUAUCGUCCUCUUGAUUUGAUGUCAUGUUUACUAGUGAAUGUGAUGCCAAUCCUAUAGCCCUCUUUCAAACCAGGGCUACUGAAUACCCGAUAUUAAAUGUUGUUCUUGGAACAAUCUUCCUCCGCCUGGACUUCAUCCCAUUUAUUGACCGCUUCACUUCCAUUCGCCGGUGUUAACAGAAGGGGGGAACGGAAAUGUAGAUCUAGACGAAGCCCUACGGUUGCGCCCCUUGGUCUUGGUCGUGACUUCAGAUGUCGCUGCCUGAAUAAGAGCAGCCCUGGCCUGAGUUAUGAAUUCGCGGAGAGAAUCUCCGACGCCCAGAGGUAUACGAUCGUCAAACGCCUGUCUGAUGAAUUGGAGCUUGUGUCGGAUUUCAGUAGUUUCAGGGAAGACCCUAUAGUAGAGAAGUUGAGGUCCCAAGUUGGUGUAAUUAAACCCAUACCUCCGCCGCCAGUCAAUGGGAGGGUGGCCGGGAUGUUCGUCUUCUUCUUUUUCGUCGGGGUUAUGUUUGACAAGCUCUUGACGUCUGGGAAGAGGAACAAGUGGACUCGUGAUUCAAGGUCGGGUAUAUGGCCUCAAGUCCCCACUAGUUUCUCGUUGUUCCUGGAGAAGGACCUCCAGAGGAAGGAGUCAGUCGAAUGGGUGAAUAUGGUGCUGGGGAAACUGUGGAAGGUGUACCGCAAUGGGAUUGAGAAUUGGAUCAUCGGAUUGCUUCAACCUGUUAUCGAUGACCUCAACAAGCCUGGUUACGUUCAGCGAGUUGAGAUUAAACAAUUUUCUUUAGGCGAGGAGCCAUUGUCAGUCAGGAACGUCGAGCGCAGGACCUCCCGCCGUGCUAACGACUUACAGUAUCAGAUUGGCCUUCGUUAUACUGGAGGAGCUCGUAUGUUACUACUGCUUACCUUAAAGUUUGGCUUCAUCCCUGUAGUUGUGCCAGUUGGCAUUCGACAUUUUGACAUUGAUGGGGAGCUCUGGGUGAAGCUAAGAUUAAUACCAUCAGAACCUUGGGUAGGAGCUGUGUCAUGGGCGUUUGUUUCACUGCCAAAAAUCAAGUUUGAGCUGGCACCAUUUCGUUUGUUUAAUUUGAUGGCUAUUCCAGUGAUCUCAAUGUUCUUGACGAAACUGCUGACAGAAGAUUUACCUCGGCUGUUUGUCCGUCCCAAGAAGAUUGUCCUUGAUUUUGAGAAAGGGGAAACUGUUGGUCUUUUCCCUGAGGAUUUCAGGGCUGCUGAAGUUCACGAUGGGAACAGCGAUUUUGCUGGUGAACUGUCUGUCACUUUAGUUGAUGCUCAGAAACUUGCGUAUGUCCCUAUAGGGAAAACAGAUCCAUAUGUUGUUUUGACACUGGGGAAUCAAGUGAUUUGCAGUAAAAGGAAUAGUCAAACCACUGUGAUUGGGCCUCCAGGUGCUCCAAUCUGGAAUCAGGAUUUCCAUAUGCUUGUAGAUGACCCAAGACAACAGCAACUCUGUAUCCAAGUGAAAGAUUCAUUUGGAUUUGCAGAUUACACCAUUGGCACUGGAGAGGUUGAGCUCAGUCAUCUUCAAGACACGGUCCCUACAGAUAGAAUUAUCUCACUGAGAGGUGGUUGGGGAGUUUUUAGUAAAGGAACAUCUGGAGAAAUAUUACUUCGCCUGACAUAUAAGGCAUAUGUAGAGGAUGAAGAGGAUGAUAGAAUGGUUGUUGAAUUGGAUGGUGACACAACUGAUGAUGAAACUUCAGAUGAGGAAGCUGAAGGCCUGUAUGAACCAAGGGAAAAGAGUUCAUCUGCUGCAGUGGAGGAAGAAUCUUUUAUGAAUGUUUUAUCUGCUUUGAUUGUGAGUGAAGAAUUUCAGGGAAUAGUAAAAUCUGAGACUGGAAACUCAAGACCCUCUGAGGAAGCUCCUAAGCGAGAUCCAGACAUGGAAAGGUCAUCUGGUCUUAUUAGCCCCAAGGUUGCUCUUAGUGACCCUGAAAGCAAUCCUAAUGACUCGGCAGGUUCAGUAAUAUUUUGGCUUGCUGUGGCCACAAGUUUUGCAUUCUUGAUUUCCUUUAGCGUGCAUGGCUCUAAUAUCUUUAAUCCUUGACCAUGGAGAUGUCGGGACUUUCUAAAAGCAAAAUCUCAAUAUCUAUAGGCUGAGUUGGUUCGGUGGUGCUGUUGCUGGAAGAACACUCUGCGAUUGAGUGGACGCUAACUGUAGAGGACAAUUUUCCCCGCGGAAGCUGUCGAUUAACAUGCAAGUUUUAUGUAGUCCCCUAUGUAUCAAUAUUGUUCAUAUAUAAAAUGUAUAUUUAUUGUA